AUGGAAGUCGACAGAGCCCCGGCCGCUGCCGCGGGAGGAGGAUCCUCCUCUGGCGCGAUGGCGGUGGACGCGGCCGGCGGCGUGGAGAAGCCGCGGUUCGACGCGCUGAUGCCAAGCGAGAUGAGCGGCGGGAGGCCACAGUACCGCAAGGUCCAGGUGCCGCCGCACCGCUUCGCGCCGCUGAAGAAGGCGUGGCUGGAGAUCUACACCCCCGUCUACGAGCACAUGAAGGUCGACAUCCGCAUGAACCUCAAGGCAAAAAGGGUCGAGCUGAAGACGAGGCAUGAUACACCAGAUGUGAGCAACCUUCAGAAGUGCGCGGACUUCGUGCAUGCUUUUAUGCUUGGAUUUGACAUUGCCGAUGCCGUUGCCUUGCUUCGUCUUGAUGACCUGUAUGUGGACUCCUUUGAGAUCAAGGAUGUGAAGACACUCAGAGGGGAGCAUCUGUCACGUGCCAUUGGGCGCCUGUCAGGGAAAGGAGGCAAGACCAAGUAUGCCAUCGAGAACUCUACGAGGACUCGCAUAGUUAUCGCUGAUACGAAGAUCCACAUACUUGGAUCCUUUGUUAACAUCAAGGUUGCCAGGGAUUCACUCUGUAGUCUUAUCUUAGGUUCUCCUGCCGGCAAGGUCUAUUCUAAGCUUAGGGCUGUAUCUGCUAGGUUGGCAGAAAGGUAUUAG